GUUUUCAUAGCUAGAAAACUCAUUGAAUGUGAAUGAAUUUGUUAUCGGUCAAGUGGGAACGAUGUGUGAUAACCCAGUGGCUUGAUAAGCGGCGAUGUCGAGCUUGGAUUGCAUGAAGUGGUCUGAUCGUGAGAUUUCAGCUUGGAAUCAGUCAAACAUUUCCCAGUUCGCCGACAAGAUGUGGUCCUCUACGACUAUUUUGGUUUUCCUAGCAGCAUUUACUUUGGUCCAGGGCAGCAUGCGGUUCCACUUUACCCUGGAUUUUCACGUACCGCAGCCGCCGAAUGCAUCCGACACCAUCGACAAGACCAUUAUUGUGGAGAACAAUCGGAUAUCUAUGGUAGACAACGAAGAAGCGACCACUAAGGCUCCGAUGACCCAAUGGACGGAACAGGAUCAGUAUAACCAGGACGCAUUGCUGAAGGUGACUGAUACGCGCAGAUCGGUGCAACAGCUGAAUACGGAGCUAUCACCCUUGGUUGGCAGGAGCACCGAUUUGGCCAGAAGGAUUAAGCAGAGUAUGCGAUACGUCAACGAGGUGGAUGCUAAUCUGGAUGAUUUGACCAGCUUUGGGCAGCUGGUGGAGCUGCUCACGAAAUUCGUUAUCCUAGUUGAUAACCUAAGGGAUCCAAACAAUCUCGGAGGCAUUCGAAGCCUGGAGUACGUACUCCUCAAGUUGGCUCUAGAGAAGUACGACCUGCUCAACAAGCGACAGGAGAUCGGUGAAUACUUGGAAAGGGCGGAGAGUGCCUGGCGAAGAUACCAAAACACGCAGGUGGUUGUUCUGGAUAACUCCACCUGAGUCCGGGCUCAGAUGCCUAUGACCACCACAUUAGGAAUUUAGUUUUAGGAUAAACCAGGACAAAGACCAGCAUCAUGGGUCGACACAAUCGCUGCACCAUGAUCUACUAGAGCGGCUCGGCUCUUGAAAGGAAUAAAAGCCAACGAAGGGACUUCCUGUCUAUUAUUCGAUUUCACUGCGAUGCCCAGAAUUGCUACAGGUAUGCGAGGGGAGUACCACCGAUUCCAGGGGUAGAAGACCCUAAAUUCCCUUCGGUGCCCGGUUUCGUUAAGGCUGGAAAGUACGUUACACACGCUAGGAAUGCCUUUGUACACUGCAAAAAAUUAUAGUUAUAAGUCCUAAAAGCGUAAGCAAUCAUGAUAAAUAAGUAUUUUACCCUAUACAAAAA